AUGGGCCAUUGGAAAGACCUGCUCAGGCUUGAUCGCGGCAGAACGCAUCAUCGGAUGCAGGUAGAGCGCCGUCGGCUUCUCCCUGCGUAUGCUACCGAUGAGGCGCAGCCUUCGGAGUCGUCUAAGGAGAUCGCCAAGGUUGCUUUGCGCCUGAAGUACCAAAUUGAACAAGUGGUUUGUUGCGAUGUGGAGGAGGGCCUCCUAACUGACCCAAACAGUCGCAUCAUCACCGACGAUGUUGUGAAGACAGCCAAGAAUGCUGGCGGCGAGGAAUAUCAAGCUUGUGUUGUGUAUUGCUUGCUUGUCUGCCUGCGAUGGUUCCAGAUCCAGUCCUCGAUCGAGCUUUGGGAUGCUGAUCUGCAUGAAGUUCGUGCUGUGGCUUGUGAAGUCAUCUCCAAGCGCAUCAUUGAAUCUGAACCCAAUCAGGACUACUUGCUGAAGCAUAUCCUGCUCAAGCGGUACUCGAUCUACGUUGAAGGCGUGGAGACCGAUCCUGCCAACGUUAUCGAACGCUCGGUGGAUCUCCACGCACUCAGAAUCAUUAGUUCUGCGGGCUACCAAAAAUGCAUACAGUACCUCUGGCGUGGCUGGAUCUGCCAAGAAGAGGGUAAUCCUACAAACUUUGUGGAGUAUCACGACAAGGGUGAGACCAACUACUGGGCUCAUUUCCAUCCUGAUCGGAUGAGAACCCCACUCUAUCAGAAUGUUUGCCAAAUACUGUUCUCGCUGCUCUACCUUGCGCUUUAUACCGCUGUGAUCAACUCUGUCAACCCUACAGGUGACCUCGAUGUCGCUGAGUGCAUUCUCUACGGCAUGACACUCGCUUUCAUCUGCGAUGAGGUUGUGAAAUUCUGGAAGGUUGGUUGGAACUACCUUGAGUUCUGGAAUGCCUUCAAUUCGACACUUUAUGCCUUGCUCACGAUAUCGUUCAUCCUUCGUGUUGUCGCCCUGGCUCAUUCACCUUCUCAACACGAUGCCGAGCGACAGCUUUUCAACAAACUCAGCUACAACUUUUUGGCUUUCUCUGGCCCAAUGUUCUGGAUGCGAAUGAUGCUCUAUCUGGACUCUUUCCGCUUUUUUGGAGCCAUGUUCGUUGUAUUGCGGGUCAUGAUGAAGGAAAGUCUGAUCUUCUUUGCUCUUCUUUUUGUGGUGCUCGCAGGCUUCUUCCAGGCUUUUAUUGGAAUGGCUCAGGUGGACUCCGAUAUACCGGUUUCCCUUACACGGCCCAUCAUCCAAGGCAUGGCAAACAGUGUUAUGCAGAGUCCUGAGUUUGAGAUUUUCCAGGACUUUGCCUUCCCCUUUGGCAUUAUUCUCUACUAUAUCUUCAAUUUUAUAAUCAUGAUAGUACUUCUCAACAUUCUGAUUGCACUCUACAACAGUGCAUACGAGGAUAUCUCGAGCAAUGCCACGGAUGAGUAUAUGGCUAUCUUUGCUCAGAAGACCAUGCAGUUCGUCCGAGCUCCAGACGAGAAUGUGUUCAUUCCACCAUUCAAUCUGAUAGAAAUACUAUGUCUGGUUGUCCCAUUCGAAUGGUGGAUGUCGCGAGCACAAUAUGCCAAACUGAACGAUGUCGUGAUGGGCAUCAUCUACUCGCCUCUGCUUGUAUUGACUGCUUGGCUAGAGUCCCGUCAGGCAGACAGUGUGCAGUGGAACCGUCGCCACGGUGAGGAUGACGAGGACAACCGACAGGAGUGGGAAUUCGUGGCUGAGGAUGUCGACUUCGAUCUUGAUGACGCCUGGAAGGAGGAGGUCCAACAGUCAACGCCUGAUAUCAAGUUGAAUGAUACAACCAUGGAGAUUAGACAACUCAGGGAGCAGAUUGCGAUGCUAAAUGAGCUGGUGAAGAAGCUUGACGAGGGAAAGAAUGCCUCUGGUAGGGCGGCAGAUGGUGGAAAUUGA